AUGGAGAACCGUAGAUUCGGACACCGAGCCGCUGUGCGGUUUGCCAGGAGGCCCAGAGCCCGCCCAGCUGGCCUAGCAUGCUUUGCACCGGUGCUAGCAGCACUCGCAGUCUCGUCUGCCGCUUUCUGUGGCAUGUACCAACUGCACCUGUCGGCGGCAGAGGGCCAGCUGACCCAAUCAAGGCUCGACAGUUUGGCUUCCGCCGCAACUACCCUCCAGGCCUCCACGGGCUCCGACGCCGCAAUCGGGAGCACGUCGACGGACAAAAAGCAGGUACUUCUGCUACACCCCGGCUCAGGUUCACCAGGUUUCGCGGAAGUGCCGCACAUGGGCACUGCGCUCACAGGCAGCAGUCCCAGCUGGACAGAGGCUGCAGCACAGCUGGCUCGACGGGUCAACUGGGAUUUGGGGGCAGAGCCCGUGGAGUUCCGAGUCAUGUCCGUUUUGGAGCUUUGCCAGGAUGAAACCUAUCACGCAGACUUCGUCUUUGGCGUAGACCUUGUGGAGCCGCCACAGGAGUGCCGAGAAACGCUCGGCAAAGUUCUGGCCAAGGCGGAUUCCAGACUGUUUAUCACAAGCUGCAAAUCUCGCAGCACCAGUGCCUUCUGGACUUCAUUGACACAGCUCGAAGGGGCUGGGGAAGCAGAGCUGGCCAAUUCUGGCUUUCUCGGACUCUCUGCGGUUGUGGCGGGAUACAGCGAGGCUGCAAAGCUGCGAGAUGAUGUGACCGAUCUCUGGCACCGUAGAACAGCUGAAGAAGCUGUUUAUGCCAUGCUGGUGCUCAUUGAUAAAGCUGUGAUGCCAUUGCCAGCCAUGGUGGAUCAACGGCCUGUUCCAACGGCAGAUACUGUCUUCCGUGCAGUGGAUCGGUGCCAGGAGCAGUUUCGCAACUGCUUCACUCAACCACGGUGCCUACAAAGCUUGGCCUGCCUCUCGCAGUGUGGUCUGGCAGACCAGUCAUGCUCCUAUCGCUGCAUAGUCUCCUACCAGAGCCAGGCAUUUACAGAUUUCAGCCUGUGCGCGCUGCAGAAGCAGAACAUGCUCAACUCGCAGAUUGAGCGGCCAACCACGCCAUCCGCAAAGCCUUUGGAGAGCUUCCGAGGCAAAGCGAUGACCCACGAGACCGCAGAGAGCAUCCUGGUGGGGCACUUCGACCCGGAGGAUCACCGACACAGCUGGUUGGUCGCCGCCGGUUCCAACCCUGCUUACGAGCAGUUUGCCCUGCAGUACCAGCUGUGGUACAAGGGCUCGGGGCGAAACACUUUCUGGUAUCAUCCCACUUUCCUCGUCGAGGCGUUGGAUGGAGCCAAGAUAUGGCGCACACGCGACUACCGAGUGCGCAGGCGGGACACGCCCGGAAUGUGGGAUUUCUCGGUGGUCGACAAUGGAAUCAUCUCAGAGGAGAGAUGGCAUCUACUGGGAGCCGAUGACAAUUUGGAGUGGAUCGUGCUUUUCUAUGUGGGUGUCGCACGCAGAGCUGGCCUUUCAUAUCGAGGAUGCUUGGUGCUGACUCCCGAGGGUGAGAUGCCCGGCCCGGAGCAUGCGCAGGCCAUCGAAGCAGCCAUAGCUCGCGCGGAAAUGAAGCCAUGGGAGCUGGAAGCCACGAGCAAUCCACCGGUCGACCCGGAAAAUCCUCCGCCCCUGAUCGCACCGAAGACGCAGAAGGAGUGGUUUCUCUGCUGCUUCGAAUUCUCUCUGUGA